AUGGCCGAGAAGACCAUAAAGAACUUUGGUACCUUUAAGAACACAGCAGACUACCGCCAUACAUGGAAUGAGAUGUUGCAACGCAUAACCACAGUUAUGAACAACCAGAAACAAGUCAAGACCUCGAGAGAAACCAUGAAGAGCAAGUGGCAAGAGUCCGAUGUGGAGUUUUCGAAGUUGAAUGAUUCUCAAGGUUUCGCAAAACUCGGCGGCCAAUUCGCAAGAGCUGUUCCAAAUUACCAAGCUGCUAUGGAUUUGAUCGUAUCGGCACAGUACGACAGAUACUCGGAUCCCACUAGAGGGCAUGCCCUGCGACUAGAACCAGGACAGGUUGAUUUCGGAGGCGCAAUCGAAAAGGCUAGACUGAACCCCCGCCCGGCCCCGCCAACGACAGCGCAACUCGCCGUUUACAAGGUCAAACGCGGGCCAGACCAUCUAUUGAUGGUAAUGCCCGAUGCUGAAUUCGCGCAAAUCUCAGGGCAUGCUUGCAAGACGGGACGCAUGGACACAGUGCCGCCGAUACCGCAAGGGCUCAUAGUGGAAACUGUGGACGAAGAAAACGCAGACGACCAGGUGGUGCCUCAGCCAGCACCUCAGCCAGCACCAGAGCCUCAACCUAAGCCUCAACCUCAGCCAGCACCAGAGCCUGAGCCUGAGCCAGAGCCGCAGCCCGAAAAACAAAAGAAAGCAAAGCGGGGAAAGGCAGUGAAACCAACACCCGCCACAGUCUCAGGUCCAGCCGCCAUCGUGCCAGCUGGCCCUGCCACAUCUGCCACGGCACUGACACCCGACGCAGAGCAAGUCGUCGGUAUCCUCACAGAGUUGGGAGAGCAGAAUGCUCGUGAAAAAAUCACCAGCGUGCUCGAUGGAAAGCCGGUGGAAUUGAAUACAGUGUUUGCCUGGACAAACCAAAAACGAAGCACACAGCAUUACACCCUCAUGCAGCUGGCUGUCAUUGAAAUCCGCCAUCUCAGGCGCCGCCAUGCAGCCUUCUAUGAGGACGGAGGAAGCCAAUACUCAUUACUCCAACAGAUACUUGACUGCGAUCCGCUUCUAUACCUCAUACAGACCGUUAUAAAAGGGACGCGGGAGAUCUUUGCCAUUCGACAGGACGCAAAGAUCGUCCAGACGGGAGUGGCGGUUGCUGGGUUAAAAAAGACCGUGGGUAAUGGCGGAACGUUGGUACAAUUCACGAUCGGAGAUGGCAUUGGGUUGGUCUUCCAACCAACACCAGCAACGGAGCAUGAGAUGCGCCAAUUAGAUCUAUUCGAAACUGGCCAAGAUUGCAUCAAAGAUUUGAUGAUCACACGGUCUCUCGGAGAACCGGUUACUCUUGAUAUUCAAACGAUGCACAAACAGGGCAAUGACCAGCUUUCAAAUCCCGGCACCUCGUUCGUGAGCGCAGAUACCCCGAUCGCCCUCGCAUCGAUUGGCUUCAAGUCAUACACCGAUGUGGCAGUCAAGGCCGAACUGGAGGCCCUUUUUGGAUCUAGCGUACAAGAGGCAACUAGAUUCAUUCAGCAUUGGCGCACGAUGGUUAGUCAUAAGCUCCGCUACCACUAUCAUAUAUGGAAGCGUACAGCGGACUGUGACGAGUUCGACAGAUCCGUUUUCUAA